CGACAGUUCUAAGCAACUUCUCGAUCAGCUUCAUUAUCAUCAUGAAAGUAUUUAUCAUCUUGGCUGCCUUCGCCGCAUUGGCCGCAGCUGUGGAGCUAACAGAAGAACAGAGGGCCGCGGUUAAGGAGCGGGCCAAGGCUUGCGCUCAGCAGGAGGGCGUCACCAAGGAGCAGGCCCAGGCACUGCGCUCCGGCAACUUCGCGGAUGCCGAUGACAAGGUCAAGUGCUUUGCCAAUUGCUUCCUGGAGAAGUCUGGCUUCGUCGUCGAUGGCCAGAUCAAGCCCGAUGUGGUGCUGGCCAAGCUGGGUCCCAUUGCCGGCGAGGACAAGGUGAAGGUGGUUCAGGCCAAGUGUGACUCGCUCAAGGGAGCCAACAAGUGCGAAACUAGCUUUGAGCUGUACAAGUGCUACCACAACAAUCAGGCUCAGAUAUAAGUCAAAAAUCUCUUAACUCUUGCAAUAAACAUACGUAUCUAAUUACAUAAA